AUGAUAUAUCUUCCGGAAAUUAAGUAUCGUCGCAUUUUAAAUAAAGCAUUCGGACCCGGAGGAUGGGGACUUGCGCCACGUGGGGAUGCUGUUGUUAAUCCAAAAAAUAUUUCCAGAGAAUACUGUCUUGUUGUUGGUGGAAGGCUUAUUUCAGUCGCUCGUGGAGAGCAAGAAUAUUUUGAUCCCACCGGCCUACCAACUGCAUCUGAAGGUGCAAAGAGUAAUGCGUUGAUGAGAUGCUGCAAGGACCUGGGAAUCGCUUCCGAAUUAUGGGAUCCUAAUUUCAUUAGAGACUUCAAACGUGAGCACUGUGAAGAGGUCUUUGUCGAACACGUGCUUUCAAAAAAGAAGAAAAAAAUUUGGAGAAAGAAAGGAGUCGAAGUCGAAUAUCCAUUUAAGAUUUCUGCGAACAGUUACAAUGGUUAUUAG